UCCAGCCGCGGCGGCGCUUCGACGUCCUCCCUGCGUCUCCCCCCCCAAGGCAGCGGCAGUGGUCCCGUCCUUCCGCUAGGCGUCUCGGAAAGACCAGAGUUUAUUCAGACGAUUAAAAGCACCGAAGCAGCUGCCGGAGCCGCGAGACGACUGGGAGGAGUCGCUGCCUCGGCGUAGCGUUUUGGGAAAAGCGACCCGAGCCUCUCCCGCCGCCAGCAGCGUCAGGACCACCCGGCUCGCCAGGCGAAGUUCUGUUGAUUUGUGACCAUGCGUGAAUACAGUGAAAGCAAGGAGACAUGUAUGACCAUCUGUCUCAAAUACCUGCUGUUCAUCUUCAACUUCUUCUUCUGGCUGGCAGGCGGAGCUGUGAUGGCAGUGGGCAUCUGGACCCUAGCUGAGAAGAGUGACUACAUUAGUCUCUUGCAGUCCAAUAUAUACCUGGCAACAGCCUACAUUCUGGUGGUGGCAGGUGCUGUUGUCAUGAUUACUGGCAUAUUGGGUUGCUGUGCAACCUUCAGGGAGCAACGGAGCCUGCUGAAAGUGUAUUUUGUACUACUACUCUGCAUCUUCCUGCUUGAGAUAAUUGCUGGAAUCCUGGCCUGUGUCUAUUACCAGCAGCUGAACCACGAGCUGAAGGAAAAUCUGAGAAACACGAUAAUCAAGAAGUAUCGGAAAAAAGGAGAAGAGAGUGUGACUAAUGCGGUGGACAAACUUCAGCAGGAGUUCAAGUGCUGCGGCAGUCAUAAUUACACAGACUGGAGUGACAGCUAUUGGUACAAAGUUGAAAAAGAAGGAAGGAAGGUCCCGGAUAGCUGCUGCAAGACGAUGACUGAUACCUGUGGUAAAAGAGAUCAUCCUUCAAAUAUCUACAAAGAGGGUGGCUGUAUCACUAAGCUGGGAAACUUUAUCCAGGAACACUUGAUAAUUAUUGGAGCGGUAGGGCUGAGCAUUGCAUUUGUACAGAUAUUUGGGAUGUGCUUUACUUGCUGUCUGUAUAAUAGCUUGAAGCUAGAGCCUUACUAAGAGCUCAUGGAUUGCCCACCUACUCAAUUUCUCCACGUUCCAGCCCGUCACCUUGACCUUCUCUACAGCAGCACAAAACUAUCAACCUUUCCAGGACUUUGCUGCUUCAAGGAAUUUAUUCUGGGAUCAUCCAGUGCCUCUGCCAGAAAUAAUAGUCCUCGAGUCAGUAAGGAGGGAAUUCAGUGCUUAGCUAAGUCAUUUUUUUCCUCUCACUCCAACGUAAUGGAACUAUAGAAUGCAGUCUGGUUGAAUUCUUUACAAGCACACAAUCUGAAAGAGAGCUCCCAAGGACAUGGUGCCUUUGUCUUUUCCCAAACCAUCAAUCAAGGUCUUUGAGCUCCAAGAUAUGACAACUAAGCAUUGUGUGUGUGCAGUAGAUGCUUUCUUCCUUUUCCUAAAUACAGUGUCUAUAUGGAAGUUUUCACGACAUCUUACCCAAGAGGAUAGCUCUAUCUGUCAAUAGAUACUCCAUACUGGAAAUUUUUUUCCUCCUAAUUGCCUUACAGGAUACUACUACCCAGGGAUGGAUGAAUGAGGUACCCUGCACAUUUCCCCCCCCUUCAAGGAAUAUUUUUGCCCUGGAGAAGAAUAUUCUUUUGUGUUUCACAAACCAAGUGUUGGAAGAUAUUAUUUUGUUCACAUAGUUAGAAAUUGUGGACUUUAAAAAACAACAACCAAAAACUGACUUCUUGUUUGAGGAAGGCUGUUGAGAUAAUUCCACUUUGUGGUAUGCAGUAGUCACUCUUCAUAGAAUUAGAUCCAUUUCCAGAAUGACAUCUCUUCAUUGGGGAAAAAAAAUAUAUUAAGUUUGAAGACUGAUAUGAAAGCCUCAUUUACCAGCCAGGUAUGAUCUGAUAGGAAGAGAUCCAAAAUUUUGAUCACCUUGCAUCAUGAGUGAGAUUCAUUAGGAAAAAAAAUGUUGAGAAGGUGGUGUCUUUUCUAAAACAUGAUCAUUAAAAAUUGAUCAGCAAAGCAGAAAAGUGAUCACUACCUUUUGCAGCCAUAGUAAUACUCCAUCUGGUGCUGUUUGAGGAGGCUGACCAGGUACUGGCUCCCAUCGCUGGAUUUAUUAAUUUCCCAAGAAUUCAUCCACAUGGAGAAUUCCUAGAGAAGAUGCCUAUCCUUUAUAGUCGUUCAGGGUCCAAUUGGUAUACCCACUGCUAGAACAUUUCUUGCCCCUUCCUACAUCCCAUUUUGGGUUUCAGGUAUAAAAGUCUUUAGUUAAUGCUUGUUUAUCCCUCAUCAACAGCAGUGGGCACUCGAGUGUGCUUUUUAAAGUGUUCACUAUGGAUUGUUGUUCCUACAAUCCCUGGCCAUUAGCUGUGCCAUUUAGGUUUAAUGGGAGAUGCAGUCCAUAGUCAUAGUGGGCCAUCAGAUUGUCUAUCCCUGGUUAACAGACUACUGCCUGUAAGGUCUGUGAUGCUUUGGAGCCUAGCAGGGCUCCAUUCUCCAUUUUCCCCAUCUCUUCUCUUAUUGGUUCUUCUGACAGAAUUGGCAGCAAGGGAAGUCACAUGAUCCGAGACUUCUUUUUCAGCCAGGACCAAUCCACUUUGGCCAUAUUCCCUACCCCACCGCAAAAUCACUACUCAUUCUCUCAGAGAAAGGAAAGGUGGAAGAAAGUAUUUUUAAAAAUAUAUCUCUCUCUCUUCUUUCUCUCCCCUUUUGUAGACCCUUACUGCAAACACCUAACAUUAACUCACAUUGUUCUGAAACAUCCAUGUUGUUGUUUUGAGUCCAAGAGACGAAUGUUCAGAAGGCAAAUGGCAAGAUGAAAAGACAGAUCUUCUUUGUGUAAAUGUUCACACAGGAGUGAGGGGAAAAGCUAUUCUCACUGUUAAGGUUGACAGGUCUUAAAUUAUUGACAGAAAUUCAUUUCUAGAAUUAGGGGUGAAUUAUUUCUUGAAUAUGACAUGGUGUGUUCCUUGAGAAAUGGGUUAUUAACUAAACUACUGCUAUGAUAGCUUGAAAUGAUGUUUGACUACUGAAAUGUACAUGCACAUUGGCUAGCUUUCUUUUUCCCUUCUUUCUGGGAGUCAUAUAGUGCCAUGGUAUAAGCAGACCAGAUAUGCUGAUUGGUAAGCUGUGCCUGCUCUUCUUUUUUUCUUUUUUAAAAUAUAUGUAUAUAUUAACCAUGCUUAAAUGCAGUUAUGUUGCUGGCCAAUAAAAUUAAACGUGUCUUUA